AUGACCACUGUGUCUCUCCAGCAGGAGGCGGAGGAGCGAGGGGUCACCGUCAGGCCGUGGAAAGGCUGGCGACGUUGGUGGGAGACGCAGCCUGGAGAUGGCCGAGGCCACCCGUAUGCCCAGCACCAUUAUGGCCGCCCACGCCCGCGCCCGUGGGAUGUCGCAGCUGGGGGGCGGAGGGGGAUUGGGCGGCACGGUGGGGCUGGACCUGGCAGGGCUGGACCUUGGGAGCUGGGCGGUAACCUCUAUUCAGAAUGGAGUAACUGGUCCCGCUUCCGACGCUGCAGGCAGAGGCGGCGCAGGUCGUGCCGUGUCCCCGUCGUGUGCGGCGCCGCUGUCCAGAAGGAGGAGAGGAACUGCUCGGGGGAGAGGUGCUCGGGACGGCGGCCCUUCCACAUCAUCCGGCCAGAGGAGUUCUCGAUGCAGUCUCCCAGGAACGACAUGCGGGUGCUUCUCAACUUCAACUCCAUGUUCUACACCCGCUGGUCACGCUGGUCACCCUGCAGCAGGUCCUGUCUCACCCGCCGGCACAGGUCGUGCAAGUAUCCGCUGUUCUGUGGAGGCAACGUAGUGCACGAGGAGGCGUACUGCUACGUGGAGGGCUCGCUGUGUGAGAAGUGGUACCGCCGCAGCCGCCACCCACACUCACGCAGGAGGAAGAUAGCGGAUGUGAGCACCUCACCCUCGCCGUCCACCGCCCCGUCGCUGCCUUCUUCGGACAGGUCGCUGCCCCGGGAGUGUGGCAUCAGCAAUGUCACCAGCCCGGCGUGGAGCCUGCGCAUCAUCGGGGGCAGGAUGGCGCAGCCCGGGGAGUGGCCCUGGCAGGUGGUCAUCCUUAACCGCUACCACGAGGCUUUCUGCGGCGGGACACUGGUUGCCCCUCGUUGGGUGAUGACGGCGGCCCACUGCGUCAGGAGAAAGCUUUACGUGCGCCUCGGCGAGCACGACCUGGCGGUACAAGAGGGACCUGAAAUAGAGUACAAGGUGGCACGAGCCGUCAUUCACCCUAUGUAUGACUCAACUACGGUGGACAACGACGUGGCGCUGCUGCUGCUGCCGGAGCCCGUGGAGCCUGGGCCACGGGUGUCGCCGGCCUGCGUGCCGGAGCAAGGUGCGGAGCUGCCCGUGGGCGAGUCCUGCACCAUCAUCGGCUGGGGCAAGGAGCGUAACACCCAUAUUUUUGGCACCGACGUCCUUCACGAGGCUGAGGUACCCAUCAUCGACAACCAGGUGUGCGAAGCUGUCUACGAGGACUACUACAUCACGUCCAACAUGUUCUGCGCAGGAUACAAACGUGGCAGAGUCGAUUCCUGCGCAGGGGACUCUGGGGGCCCACUGCUGUGUCACCGCCAAGGCCGCUGGUACAUUUAUGGCAUCACAUCCUUUGGCGAGGGAUGCGGGAAGAGAGGGAAGUUUGGGAUCUACGCGAGGGUUUCCAACUACAGGACUUGGGUGCAGUCUGUGAUCGCCUCCAGUUUCACCUGAGUCUCCGCCCAACCUUGCCCUGCUCCGCCGCUGUCACCUGAGGGAGGACCUAGACGUGGUGCGCAUCUGUAGUCUUGGCCUGGACGUGUUCGUCGAAGCAGGACGUGUAGUGUAAAUCAUGAUCUGCAGUUAUCAAGGCCUGUAUUUUGAAAUGCUUCGUUCCCUCAUAAGGAUUGUUUUCUAAGACCACUGGAUAAUUAGUCGGGUUCUCAUACUUGUUUCCCUGGUGAUGAUGCAGAGUCCUUGUUGACAUAUCGCUAGAAUCAUGGAAAUUUCCUUUAAAGUCACAAAGCUUUCCGCCCACCAGAACGUGCAAAAAAAGUGGUAAGACAAGGCAGAGAAACGUUUAAGACAACAUUUCAAAGUUAGGAAACUUUCAAGGUGGUAGUGUCAGGAUUUUUCCUAUAGUUCAUACUUUUCCUAUUUUACGUCCUGUUGCUGUUGCUGUUUGCAUCAUUGAACAAACUACACAGUGUCAGCAUGAGACGCGCAAACGCAGAAAGCUCUUUACAAUGAAUAUAACACGCGGGACAAACACAUAGAGCAGUAAUUAGUAAUUAGUAAUUAGUAAUUAGUAGUUGAGAUUACCAAGCAUCGUGUCAAUAUUUAUAUGUUGUGCAUUCAGAUUCUCCUUGCGUCUUUCUGUACGUGCACUGUGUAUGAAGUAUGAAAAGCAGUAAUGAGAUGAUUUCCAUUCAUGGAAUACUCAGUGAAGGCUUUGUGAGGCGGAGUGAGAUAGCCAGUAGUGAAUCUUACCUUCUUUUUAUCAGCAAUUAGGUUUGUAUUCAGAAACGCUUUGCUCUCUCACCAAGACUUUUUUUCAAAGGCUACAAAGAUGAUAAGCCGGGCUCUGAAGAGUGUUUUUCCUGUUUAUAAUGUUGAAAUCCUGUCAAAAUGUCACUAAAACAGUAAAAACACUCUUAAAAACCCGUGUAACUUCAAUUAGAGCCUUUAGAAAGUUGUAUAGGUGCGGUGCAAAAGUGUUUCAGAAUAUAGUCCUUAAGAAAAUUACCCUAUCAGCUCCAAAACACGCUGGAGUGGAGUGUAGUAUGAUCCCCCCCCCCCCCCUCUCUCUCUCUCUCUCUCUCUCUCUCUCUCUCUCUCUCUCUCUCUCUCUCAAUACCGCGGAAAUUCACGUGCUCACGCUCAGCAGGUCUACGGGUACUUUUGUUGACGCAGGACAAGUGGUGCACCUCCCGCUGCCCCGCGUGUUAAUGUGAAGCUAGUUGAGCGAAAACAAUGCAAAUAAAUAAAUAGAUAAAUAAAUGGAUAGGUAGAUAGAUUGAUAAAAAGGAAGGUAGAUAGAUAGAUAAAUAGAUAGAUAGAUAGAUAGAUAGAUAGAUAGAUAGAUAUAUAGAUAGAUAGGAAGAUAGAUAGAUAAAUAGAUUAAUAAAUAAAUAGGUAGAUAGAUAGAUAAAGAGACAGAUACUAAACUGAUUGAUAGAUAUAUAAAUAGAUAAAUAAAAAAAUAAAAAAUAAACAAACAAAAAAUAAAUAUAAAAUAACGACACAGCUGUCGCAAGCAAUAGUAAACAUGUACCAAAACGUUAAAUAAAAAAAAAAAAAAGAAAAAAAGAAAAGAAAGAAAGCAUCCUGACAAGAAACACUACGUAUUCUCGGCGGGGACGUUCACUUAAGCAAUGUGCGUGGUGAGAGUACUACCCUCUUGAUAGGAAAGCACAACCGCUCCUCAACCCUUGCAGAUACGCCCUACAUUCUUGACCUUUUCAUGACCUCAAAUCGUUCUGCUUAUGCUGUCACCCUCUCUUCUCCGUUGGGCUCCUCCGAUCACAAUUUCAUAUCUGUAUAUUGUCCUAUCGCUCCAAUCCCUCCUCUGGAUCCCCCUAAGCGAAAGUGCCUCUGGCGUUUUGCCUCUGCUAGGUUGGGGGACCUGAGGAGGUAUUUUGCUAAUUUUCCUUGGUUGACUACUGCUUCCGUGUCAGUGACCCGUCUUUGUGCGCCGAGCGCAUAACAGAGGUGAUAGUGUCUGGCAUGGAGGCGUACAUUCCUCACUCUUUUUCUCGACCUAAACCUUCCAAACCUUGGUUUAACACAGCUUGUUCUCGUGCUAUACAUGAUAGAGAGAUGGCCCACAAAAGGUACUUAAGCCUUCCUUCACUAGAAUCUCAUGCACUUUAUAUUUCUUUCCGGAACCAUGCCAAAUCUGUUCUCCAACUGGCCAAAAACUCCUUCAUUAACAGAAUGUCAAGAUCUUUCAAGAUCUAACUCCCCUCGUGACUUCUGGCAUCUAGCCAAAAAUAUCUCCAAUAACUUUGCUUCUUCUUCUUUCCCUCCUUUAUUUCAUUCAUAUGGCACCACUGCUAUCACAUCUAUCUCUAAAGCUAAACUCUUCGCUCAAACCUUUGCUAAAACCUCUACCUUGGACGAUUCUGGGCUUGUUCCUCCCUUUCCUCCACCCUCUGACUACUUCAUGCUACCUAUUAAAAUUCUUCACAGUGAUGUUUUCCAUGCCCUCGCUGGCCUAAACCCUCGGAAGGCUUAUGGAUCUGAUGGAGUGCCUCCUAUUGUUCUCUGAAACUGUGCCUCCGUGCUUGCACCUUGCCUAGUCAAACUCUUUCAACUCAGUCUGUCAACAUCUGCCUUUCCUUCUUGCUGGAAGUUUGCUUACAUUCACCUUGUUCCUAAAAAGGAUGGCAGUUCUAAUCCCUCAAACUACCGUCUUAUUGCUUUAAUUUUUUGUCUAUCUAAAGUUUUUUUUUUUAAUCUAUCCUCAACAGGAAGAUUCUUAAACAUCUAUCACUUCACAACCUUCUAUUUGAUCGCCAGUAUGGGUUCCGUCAAGGCCGCUCUACUGGUGAUCUUCUGACUUUCCUUACUGAGUCUUGGUCAUCCUCUUUUAGAGAUUUUGGUGAAACUAUUGCUGUUGCCUUGGACAUAUCAAAAACUUUUGAUAGAGUCUAACACAACGCUUUGAUUUCCAUACAACCCCCUUAUGGCUUCUAUCAUUCUCUCUGGAACUUCAUCUCAAGAUUCCUUCUCAAGUUUCUUUUCUGACCGUUCUAUUGCUGUUGUGGUAGACGGUCACUGUUCUUCUCCUAAAUCUAUUAACAGUGGUGUUCCUCAGGGUUCUGUCCUGUCACCCACUCUCUUCUUAUUAUUCAUCAAUGACCUUCUAAACCAAACUUCUUGUCCUAUCCACUUCUACGCUGAUGAUACCACCCUGCACUUUUCCACAUCUUUUUCAUAGACGUCCAACCCUUCAGGAAGUAAACAUUUCACGCAGGGAAACCACAGAACGCCUGAUUUCUGAUCUUUCUGAAAUUUCUGAUUGUGGCAGAGCAAACUUGGUAUUGUUCAAUGCCUCAAAAACUCAAUUCCUCUAUCUAUCAACUCGACACAACCUUCCAGACAACUAUCCCCUCUUCUUCAAUAACACUCAACAUUCUACACAGAACAUCCUCGGUCUGUCCUUUACUUAUAAUCUGAACUGGAAACUUCACAUCUCAUCUCUAGCUAAAACAGCUUCUAUGAAGUUAGACAUUCUGAGACGUCUCCGCCAGUUUUCUCACCACCCCCCCCAGCUGCUAACUCUGUACAAGGGCCUUAUCCGUCCAUGUAUGGAGUAUGCUUCACAUGUUUGGGGAGUUCCACUCAUACCGCUCUUUUAAGACAGGGUAGAAUCAAAAGCUUUUCGUCUCACCAACUCAUCUCCUCUGACUGUCUUCAGCCUCUCUCUCAUUGCCUCAGUGUUGCAUAUCUAGCUGUCUUUUACCGUUAUUUUCAUGCUAACUGCUCUUCUGACCUUGCUAACUGCAUGCCUCCUCUCCUCCCGCGGCCUCGCUACACAAGACUCUUCUUUCUCUCACCCCUAUUCUGUUCACCUCUCUAAUGCAGGAGUUAACCAGUAUUCUCAGUCAUUCAUCCCUUUCUCUGGUAGACUCUGGAACUCCCUGCCUGCUUCUUUAUUUUCACCUUCCUAUGGCUUGAAUUCCUUCAAGAGGGAGGUUUCAAGACACUUAUCCUUCAAUUUUUGACUACCACUUUGGACCCUUUUCUGGGACUGGCGUCUCAGUGGGCUUUUUUUUUUUUUUUAUUGGAUUUUUGUUGCCCUUGGCCGGUGUCCCUCCUGCAUUAAAAAAAAAAAAAAAGUCAGCUGGUGCAGGGUGAGGAGGCUAGUCAAGUGAAGCGAUUCCAAACCCUAAUCCUAGCCUAGCCUAUAUACAUGCAGCGUGUUGUGAGAUUGGAUUCCUUUCUUUAGUUCUUUUCGUUUUUUUUUUUUUUUUUUAUUAAUUGAUUUAUUAUUUAAUAUUUCUUUUUACUUUUUUUUUCUGUUGUCUGUGUGGUUUAAGUAGUAAUUCGUUCCUGGUCUGAUUUUCCUUAAAUUUACCAAAUAUUUUUUUUAAGUUUCAUUUAUUAUUAUUUUUCAAUCCAGACAUUCUUCCAUUCUCUGUCUCUCUGUCUCUGUCUCUCUCUGUCUCUCUCUGUCUCUCUCUGUUUCUCUCUGUCUCUCUCUGUCUCUGUCUCUCUCUCUCUCUCUGUCUCUGUCUCUGUCUCUCUCUGUCUCUCUCUCUCUCUGUCUCUCUCUCUCUCUGUCUCUCUCUCUCUCUCUUUCUCUCUCUCUCUCUCUCUCUCUCUCUCUCUCUCUCUCUCUCUCUCUCUCUCUCUCUCUCUCUCUCUCUCUCUCUCUCUCUCUCUCUCUCUCUCUGUUGUUUGUGCCAAAUUAUCUUAAGUUUCUCUUAUUAUCUUCCUAAUCAAAGUUUUUUUUUUCUCUCUCUCUCUCUCUCUGUUUUCCUGUUGUUUCUACAGCUAAGAACAUUGUGCCAAAUAAUCUUAAGUUUCUCUUGUUACUUUUCUUAAUGCAGCCACUAACUGAGCACACUGAGGUAGUUUAAAUAACUUAUCAUAGAAACCUAAUAGAGAUAAAGUGGUAAUAAGAAAAGUUCAGGUAUUCUAGACAAUGGGUAUAUUUUCUUAAGUAGUUGUAUUCGUACAGGAAAUAAAUAGGAAAAUUAUUAUACAAACAAUGCCAACUCGGAAAUCAUUUGGGAAACAAAGAGAAGAAAGGGAAAAUUCAACUAUUCUAGACAUUACGUAUAUUUCCUUAAGCAGUAUAUUCACACAGGAGAUGAAUAGCAAGAAUUACUUUAUUACCAGUACCAAACGGAAAUCAUCAAUAAAACAGCGAACAUUAACUUCUUUCCUGUAUAUUCCACCAAGACAAUGAGGGGAUUUCACUGCACAGCAAUACAAGCACUGGCUACCUUCCAAAAUCUUGCCCUUACCUUCCUAUCUCACCUCACUAUUCUGAGGCUGUUUGGGACUGGCUUGCAGGGCUGCUCUGGUCUGGACUGGCUUAUGUGUUAUACGAUGUUGCCUUGUUUUAUGUAAAGGUGUGUCUUGUAGUUGACAGAGUCUUUAUGGUUUUCUCACUUGUUAUUUUAGUAAUAUGGAAAGAAUGCAACUCUGCACUAGGAGAGGGGAAAAUCCUUGAGAAUCUAACUAGUUAUCAUAGUGGUUUUUAGAUAUAAUUUUCUUUAAGGGAACAGAAGCAUUUCAGAAUAAUUUCAGAAUACAGGCCCUUGUGUACAUCUUGGCAUGAGUGUUAGGAGUCCUUACUCAGUAUUAGAAAAGGGAAUGUCUGCGUAUGAUGAUGAUUGUUAUUAUUUUUUUUUUUUCGACGCACUUCAGUAGAUGUCUGAGAUGGAUUGCAGUACGAGUAUACGUAUAGCUUGGUCUUAGAGUCGACUGUUGAACGAAGCAAAUAAUGUAACUUUUUUUUCUUCUUCUUCCUGGACGUAAGCAGGCGUGACUAGAGAUUUGCCUUGAGUCCCGGGGAGGGGAACACAGGGGCGAGCCACGUUGCCUACACAUGGUGUCUUCUUUUUCCUUUCCCUCCUCCACCCCCCCUCGUCAGCGUCUCCUUGGCUGCAGCACCUCAAUGUGACCUGACGAACGUGAUAUGUAACACACACACACACACACACACACACACACACACACACACACACACACAUGUAUAUAAAUAAUAUAUUUAUUGUUCUAUAUAGCAUUUAUACUUUUUUAUAAUAAAGUUGUAUCGAAAGACAUUGAAGUCAUUGACCAUGUGGAAGUAAAGGAGAAAAUACUUGGAUGGAUAUUAGACUGGCUUUUUUUUUUGUCGUUUAUUUGUUCAUUUAUUUAUUUAUUUUUGUUGUUGCUAUUGUUGCUGUUGUUGUUGCUGUUGUUGUUGCCUUUGUGUGUGUGUGUGUGUGUGUGUGUGUGUGUGAUCCAGUUUGAUAACACGUGAUACAGCCAGCCUUGGUGGUGCGUUAUGACAAGCCAGCCAUAAUAUACAGGGCGUAAACUACGUGCCUGUGCUCCCGGUGUGCUGUGGAAGGUCCCCUCUGGACCUGCACUUUUUUUUUUUUUAUGGUUUAUUCUCUAUUAAGUGUGUGUGUGUGUGAGUGAUUCACCUACGGUCGUCUGCUGGUCACCCAGCUAGCCGUUCCUCUACAGAAAGAGCUCAUAGCUCAUAGUGACCGAUCUUUUGAUAGGACUGAGACCACUUACACACCUUACAAAAGGACAGCCAGGUCACAACCCCUCGGGUUACAUUCCCUACCUACUUGCUGCUAGGUGAAAGGGGCUACACAUUAUAACCACUGGACUACGCUGUGUGUGUGUGUGUGUGUGUGUGUGUGUGUGUGCUCUCGCAUAUAUACUCAUAUACACGCUCAUAAACAUACACAGCCUCUUGUUGUACGAAAUAUUAUGGCAAGUGCAUCGUUCACAGUGGAGUGGCAACAGAGCAGAUGGCCUUGAGAAGGAAUGGCUGGUGGGGAAAUUUCAAAGCCGUAACUGUAAUAAUUUUGCAGGUAAAGUGAUGGAAACGUUAAAAUGGCUUACCUUAUUAUGCUUUUUUAUUAGAUUAUAAUGAGUAAAACUGAGCUGGGCAAAGAAACAAUCCAGUGUUUAAUUCCGUUAAACACCUACAUCACAGCCACCAGCCACAAGCCAGGUGGAUAUAAAGAUGUCCUUCCCCUGCACGGCUUUACUUGGCCGCUGUCAGCCUCACCAUGAAGUUCCCUGCCAUCCUCACUUUCUGCCUCGCUCUCCUCGCCCUCCUGUUCUCCUCUGAAAUAGCCGAUGCCUCCAUGAAAAUUGUUAACAUCGUGAACCCGCCGUGUCGCGAAUGCUACGUGUACUACAAUGGGAGGUGCCGCUACAACCACUUGCAGUGUUCCAUCGCCCAAGCCCCGCAACACCCAACAGAGAUAAGAGUGGCCUGAUCGUCGCCCUUGGGUUAUGGGUGUGGGUGGCAGCACUGUUGGAGCUGGCAGCACUGGGAGAGGCGGGAAGACAGAGAGAGCGGAAACGCCUGACCGAAGAGGAAGCGAGCGUGUGCCUGCCUGCUUUGGAAGUGUUUUCCUGCCUGUUGAGUGCCUGUCGUCCCCUGGGUGAUUUGCGGUGCCCCUGUGAACUUGUAAAGCAGUGUACUUGCGGAGGAUUUGUCAAUAAACCUAUGAAAUA